AUAAAGAAACACAACCCUUUAAUUAGCCUGUUUCCAUGGUAACUUCCAAUUGCAAAUCCGAUGAGAAAUCCAUUUCCAACCCAUCUAAUAAACGGGCAAGAACCUGUCUUUCCUUUGAAGAUCGAAUCAGCAAUUUGCCAGAUAAACUUAUUGUGGAACACAUUCUCCCUCUUCUCAUAACUUUUGAUGCUAUUCAAACAAGCGUCCUUUCCAAGAGAUGGCAUUAUCUCUGGGCUAAAGUCCCUCAUUUGGAUUUCGUCAAAUACGGGGGCGAAUUUGACCAUGAAGUUUCCGAUUAUCUAUACUCUGAUGUUGGCGUUAUUGAGUAUAAGGAUGAGAAAGAAGAAGAAGUCGAGUACAAGAAGAAGUGGGGAUUUGCUUGCUACUGUGUAAAAUUGUAUACAGGGGCAAUGCGCCUUCACCAGUCCCGUAAACUCAUCAGCUUCAAGUUAGGAUUCGACUAUUCACAAGAACACGAGUCUUUCGUGUCGAAUUCUGUUCGUUAUGCGAUCACGAGAAAGGUCGAAACCCUCCACCUUUUAUUCCAUGGCAUGCCCAAACUGGGUUUCCCAUCAGGUAAUAUUGACAAUGAAAGUUUUUCUUGGGAACUUUGCAUGUUACCACAACACCUCUACGCCAAUACCAAUUCAAUUGUGAACAUUCAAUUCGAUUGUUGCCAUGUUUCGCCUCGAUGUACCGUGAGUUGGAGUUGUAUGAUGAAUCUGUACAUUCAUAAUACUUUUAUCAGUGAGGAUGCAAUUAAGAAAAUUCUGAUGGGAAGUCCUCGGCUGACGAAUGUAGAAUUUGGGGAUUGUAAAGGGUUUUCUGCAAUUGAUACUUGUUAUUCUUCUAGUUUGAGAACUUUGGGUGUUAAUGGAUUCUCUAAGGGUGGGCCAGAUAUGCUGAAUAUUUAUGUCUCUAAUCAUCUCGAGACAUUAAUUCUGACUGGUAAUUUUUUGUUCACCAAAUGCCGGUUGAUGAAUACAUCGUCUUCUUUGAAGAAGGUUGAGCUGAUUUUCCGAGCAGUGCCACGGCAGGGUGAAGGCGAUGAGGACAUGUAUAAGGAGUACGGUGUGAUAUUAAUGGAGCUUCUUGCUAAACUUCACGGUGUCAGUUCGCUUAGAGUGGGAAAUUGGUGCAUUAAGGUUCUCUCUAUGAUGAAAAUGAAGAAUGUAACCUCGCCGUAUUCAUACUGCAACUCGUUGGUACUAGACACCUUACUCACAGAUUUGGAGCUUCCUGGAGUUAUAAGCAUGCUUGAAAAUUCACAACACCUGAAACAACUUUUUGUCAGAUCAUCUAAAAUCAGUAACGCUCAGCUUCAACUCGUUCCGUACUUCAACAAUACCUUCAACUUCGGUGGCAGGUUUGAUCAAUCAUCUUCUAACCAGAAACUAAAGCAGUCCCUGAAAAAUCUGAAGAAGGUCAAGAUUCUUGAUUCAAGGACUCGUCGAUACAACGAUGAAUGUGUCUCGUCAUUUACUUGUUUUCUAUUGAGCCAUACUAUCUCCCCAGUGAAGAUCACUAUAAGAAAAGCAUGAUGAGAAUGGUAGCUGACUCCCCUUGUUUUUAACCAUUGCUGAACCUUGAAGACGUACAGUUAGUCAGCAUUGUUUUUUGUAGUACAUUUAUCUACUGUAGUAGGUUUCCUGGGGGCAUUUUGCGGUAUGUUGGGAUUUGGGAUUGGAAGUUAUGAACAAGAUCAUGCAUAUUUUGAUAGUGUAUAUGUAUAUGUCUUUCACAAUCAGUACGCCGGACAUCUUUGAUAUCAUUGGUAAAGCUAUGAGCCUAUGAAGCUGUUCAGUAUUUACUGAUUUCAGAUGAAUAACAA